AUGGGUUGCAACCCGUGCUGUUGCUGGAGCAUCAGGGAUGGUGCAGUAACCAUUGGAAUUUGGAGCGCGGUCUAUGCAUUCGCAUCGUUAGUUUUAUUUGGCUGGCAAUUCGCUGUGCUAAACAACUGUCGUUCUGUAACAAUGGCUCAAGCAAAUCUUCAAUGCGAGUAUUACUGUCCGUGCGUUGGGGCAUCUACAGCACGUACGAGCUCCCUAAUUGAGGGCUUGCAGGUUUUUAGUAUAACGGAGUUGGUCAUAUUCGGUUGGCAGUGCUAUGCAAUAAAGUGGGAGAGAGAUCAUGCAGCAAGUUAUCAGAUUCCUGCGCCACAAACCUACCACGAUUUCAGUGGUCCAUCAUACUUCGAGAAUUUUUAUGAGACUCCAGCUACAAAGUUUUAUACGGAGAACCAUCUAGGUUUAAUUAAGCGACUGCCCGUUUGUUUUCUUGGGAUAAGAGGAAUAUUUUGCUUAAUUCAACUCGCCAUUUUUGGCUGGCAAAUGGUCGCAAUAAAGUACGAGAAAGAUCGGGCUAGAGAUACAAUAUUACCAAAUUAUUAUGAAUAUGGGAAAUUCGAUGUACCGUCUUUCUAUGAAAGUUACUACCAGAGUCCAGAAGAACGAUUUUAUAUUGCGUUAUUUGUUAUUCAAAUUCUGUGUCUUAUCGUCUCUUUCUUCCUAUUCUUCGCCUCUAUUGCGCUUAUUUAUGGUGCACAUACGUUCUCGAGAUACUUGAUUUACCCAUGGUUCCCCUGUAUGAUUGCCAACAUACUGUGUUCGUUAACUUACUGUAUCAUUUGGUGGACUGGCGAUGUACGAGACUACUGGCUAGUACUGACCAUUCUGGAAAUGAUUGGAGUUUUCAUUAACCUGUACUGUCUGGUUGUGGUCAUAAUGUUUUCAAAACAACUAAGUACAAUGAGGGAGUACUAUGACGAAAAGAAUAGACCCGUAGAUUUUGAAAAUUAUGCAGAGCUAGAUUAUCCGCUGAAACCUGGAAAAACGUUCGGUACGCCGCCGUUACGCGAUGAAUAUAACAGGUUACCUGAUCGAGCUCCCGAGUACUUUGAUCAUGAACCAAUGCCAUUCGACCGGUAUCACGGGCCUCCACGACCCGCGCAGUUUGAGCAACCAAUUAGGCCUCCAUCACCAUACCGUAAUCGCUUUGAUUUUGAAAGAGAAGAUGAUAUGGUCAGCAACUGGGUCAGAGAACAGCAACUGCUAGGUCCAGAAGACCAUGCAAACAGUGAACCAGCCUCGCCGACUAAAGAGCCAUACCCACUUUUACAGGCAAUGUUUUACAGCACUCUUUAUCGGUUCCUUCCAUGUAUGCUGAAAGCUCAGGAGCCACUACAUGCCUUCAUCACUGCCGCAAAUUCCAUCAUCAUCGUCACAAGUCAUCCUCAAGACACCGAAGCAGAGAUAGAGAUAAACGAAGCUCACACCGGCACAGCAGUAGGCACCGUCAUCGGUCAGCUUCAGUUGGUUCAAGAUCUCGGCGAUCUUACAGCUCAACGUCGAGUUCAUCCGGGUUUUCAGGUUUUUUUUUUAAGUCAUAAAGUUUCCUUGAAAGGUUUUCCAUACCCUCGUGAAAAGGAACCGCGACGCCAUCGACAUAGAUCAAGAAGCCGGCAUCGGUACAGCGACGAUGGCACCGACGUAACAGAGGAUUCUGGAGAUGGUCACAGAAGGCGCCACAGAAGUAGCGAGAGGGAUAAAAAUUACGACAGAGGAAGACGAGGGCCGCGGCGAGUUAAAAAAACUGAUAAAGAGAGAGGCUCUAAGAGCUCCUUGAAUACAGCACUCACCCAAGACAACCUUCCUCUACCAGGAGCUUCCCCUGUUGAGCAAACCGGUGAAUGGCACAUGGGCAUCCCUCAAGGUAGCAUAACGAUACCGCAGCAUAUUAUAAUACCUCCAUCUCCAGGGGCUGUAGGUCCAGACAAGAGACCUCAGCCACAAACAUAUCAGAUUAACUCCGAAAUCCGAAUUUCCUAUGAUCAGCAGGGGAAAACUCGAGGACCUGAAACUGCGCCGCUUAACCAUCUGGCAACAACACAGCCUCUGCUGCGCAACGGACAGUCAACAUCACCGAACACAGUGGGCAGGCAGCGAGCGCAGGGUAAGUUAAUUUGUCGCCUAAGAAUAUACUGCUCUUUGGGUUUUUCUGCUGAAGUUGCGAAAGGUACCGCAUUUUUUGCAUUGGGUAAUGAUAUCAUCAUGGAAAGAAGACGCAUACUUGUCGCUAAAGCUCUUAGCGGUUAUAUUUGA